ACACCAAAGAUAACAGAACACAGUCCUACCAAAUGUCCACCAUGUUGUCGGCAGUCGUUUUUCUGCUUCUCUGCCAUUAUGCAGUGUCCAAUCCCGACCCUCUUGCCCACGAACUCCACGAAAUAACACAGCACUAUGAUGACCGUUUGUGUCAGCAUCUCCUGACAAUUGACUGCAGCACACACGUGGUGCAUGGCCACUCUGAGAGACUGUGUGGGACAGACAUGGUGCAGUAUAAUAACUUCUGUAUCUUUGCCCACGCGAGAUGCAAAGACCAUUCACUGUCCAUGCUGAAUAAAGGAGACUGUCCCCUGCCAACAGUUGCACCUACUGGGGACGCCUUUACUACUGGUGACGCGCUGGCUACUGGUGGCAUGCUGGCUACUGGUGGCAUGUUGGCUACUGGUGGCUUUCCGACUACCGAUGACACCCCGACUAGUGGUGGCGCCCCAACUACUGCUGCCGUUACAUCUGUUAAACCUACCGGCGUGGACCCAGCAUUUGCCAUCAUCAAGGAUGUGUUCUGUAACAACAUCUAUCAAAUCAGCUGCGGAACGGCCGUCACAGCCGACAUCUGUGGAAAUGAUGGCAACAUUUACAAAAGCCAAUGCAUGUUCUCCAAGACGAAGUGCUAUAAGGUUGACCUUGAGUUAGCAGAGGCCUCCACGUGUGGGGUGAAAGGCCUGUCAGUCAAGACCACGCCCAGCUCAUAGUCUAUGCAUCGACGAGCUCGUGUGUCCCACACAAAACCAUGCCAUUAAAACAUGAAUACAG